AUGACUGGAUCCAAUUCGCCAAAAACUACCAAAGUAUUAAGAAAGGUGUUGAUUCCAUUAGAUAAUAGCAAUGAGUCGAAGAAAGCAUUAGAUUGGUAUCAAGAAAAUAUGAAACGUGAUGGUGAUUUGGUUAUUUUCGUUCAUGUCCUUGAUCCUGUUCAACCAUCAGCGUUAUCUGCAUUGUCAUAUGAAUGUGAAUCGAUGCCAGCUGGUUCAUCAUUUCACGUACCAGAAGAAAUCAUGAAAAGUGCAAGAUAUCUAUGUCAAGAGAUGGUACAUAAAGCUACUAAAUAUGGGAUCAAAUCUGAAGGUCUUAUUCAAAUUGACAAUAAACCUGGUCCAGCAUUAGUUAAAACAAUAAACGAAAGAAAGAUUAAUGCAGUUGUAAUGUCAAAACGUGGUUCAGGAUUUUGGAAGCUUAAUUUUACGCCAAAUGUUACAUCAUAUAUAUUGCAUCAUUCAAAUAUUCCAGUAUCUAUAAUACCACCAUCAAAUUGUUAG